ACAGAAGUCCGAGGAAACAGAGAGAGAGAGGGGGGCGCGAGAGAGAGCGCGAGAGAGACAGAGAGAGGGAGAGAGAGAGAGAGAGGUGGAGGAGGAGGAAUAAUCAAAACGCAACACGUAUCCGGUGGGAUCCCACUCCUGAGAGAGAGAAGAGAGCGAGAGAGAGAGAGAGCGAGAGAGAGAGAGAGAGAGGAGUUUGCUGCGAGGACAGAAGAGGAAUAAGAAGAAGACGAGGGGGAGAGCGCUCUGACAUUUCGCUCGCAGCGACGCGUUUCUAACUGCUAAAGAGGAAUUAUGAGGAACGUUUGGAUAAUUUUGACGCUCGGGCUGACCGUCUUCCUCUCCGGGGAAAGGAUAGCAGAAGCAGCCAAGACGUCCUCUCAGGCGGAUGACCUGUACCUGGACGACACAGGCUCGGGAGGCUUCUACCCUGAGGACGACGACGACUUUAACUCAGGGUCCGGCUCGGGUGGAGGCGAAGACGGGAUGGAGGAAACGGCGACGGUCAGUGUGGUUUACAUCGAGCCCAACGCGGCGCAGCCCACCCAGGACUCCACCAAAGAUUUCACCCCUAAGAUGGACACGGCCACGGUCCGAGAGAGGAGCCGGGAGGUCACGCCCAGGAAACCCCUCAGAACAGAGGCGCCAGCGCCAGUCACAGAGGACAUGCAGAGGAACCAGAUGACCAGCACGACCAGUGCCCCCGGCUCGCCCCAGGAGCCCAUCGAGGUCCGCACUGAAAACCUCUUCCAGAGGACGGAGGUGUUGGCAGCUGUUAUCGCCGGCGGCGUGAUCGGCUUCCUGUUCGCCAUCUUCCUCAUCCUCCUGCUGGUGUACCGCAUGAGGAAGAAGGACGAGGGCAGCUACGACCUGGGGGAGAGGAAACCCUCCGGCGCCGCCUACCAGAAGGCCCCCACCAAGGAGUUUUAUGCAUAAGCCCCGCCCCUCCCUUUCCUCCACGGCCGGAUCGACAAGCCCCCCCCCCCCGAGCGGCUGCGGCGAAACGCAGUCCGACAACAACAAACAGUUUCAAACACAAGAAGGUUGAUCGAGGUAAAACAGCUCCGAGGAAAGCUUUUGCAUAGAUUAUUGUAAUUAAGACCUUUACUUUCUUCUUUUUUUUUUAAAAAAAAAUAAAUAAAAAUUAAAUAAGAACCAAGCAUUUCUCAUUUCAAUCUGAGUAUAUUUAAACUUUUUGUGUAUUAUUUGAAAGCCAGGAUGUGUAAAGGCGAGGAAAGCUUCUGUCGGAGGAGCUGUUUUUAGUCGCUGACUACUUUUAACUGUAGCAGUACCUGUAAAGAAAAAAAAAAAAAAAGUGGAAAUAAUUGAAUAUAAUUAUUCUGUAUCAAACCUCCUUUCAUUUUUAUUUUUUCUCUUCAUUUUGUCCUAGCAUGUCCGAUGUUGAUCUCUAAAAGGUGUAUUACAUUAAUUUAUCUUUUUCUCUGAUGUUUAAAAAGAAAAGAAAUUGCCUUUGUAGUUUUUGAUGAAGCUCUCGGGUCUUCGUAUUAACGCUGUUAACGGUCAAUGUAAAUGUCUCCCUUCAGGUUACAAUGUUUAUUAUUUGCUCUCAUCACUUUUUAGUCAAACAUCUCAUUUCUGUCUAACUUUUUUGUUCGUUCUCUUCUCGAUGUAGCCUUUUUUUUUUUUUUUUUUUCUUUUCUCGACAGUGUGUUAUUUUUGGGAUUUGGUCUUUAAAAGUUUUCAAAAAAAGAAGUACGGUAUAUGUCAGGGCUCGAGAAAAAAAAAUUCACCAAUCUCACUUUUUAUUGUCUGGCUGAACUUCUUCUUUUUAGUUUUUCUAUUUAAAUGCGAUCUCUUUCCACAUUGCACAUUCGAUGCUUCGGCUGUCCACUGCUGUUGUGCAGCUUUGUGUGUGUGUGUGUGUGUGUGUGUGUGUGUGUGUGUGUGUGUGUGGCUGUAGCCGCCUCUUCCUCCUCUUCCUCCUCUUCCUCUUCCUACUCGAUUGUGUCACGUUCCCUCUGUUUAGCCCCGCCCCCCUUCCUGAAUCCGAUUGGCUCUCAGGCCGUCGAGCCGUCAGCCCCUCGUCUCAGCGGCUGCCUGGUCGUCCUCGUCCUCGUCGUCCUCGUUCGUGUCCCGGUUUUGACGCUCCAGGCCCAAAGAUCCGCUCAGUGAAGGCCUGUUAAUGCUGGCAUGCUGAAGCACGAGGUUCGGGGUUGAAUUCCCCCCCCCCCCCCCCGCCUCCUGCUAGCAGUACACGAACCUUCGCAACAAACAAGCCCCUCCCCUCGAAGAAAACCCGCUUCUCUCAGAGACCAAGUGUUGGCUCAGAGGAGUCUUUCGGGGCAGAAACAUUGAGGGCUAUGUAAAGUUUUCUAAAGAGGAGGAGAUCCUGCCCGAGGCCCCGUUUGCUCAGCGUCUUUAAGCGAAAAGUCAAACUUCUUUUAGUAAAUGCAUCUCCGUCUCCAUGGAAACGGGGGAAAACAACUUUUAGAAAAUGUUCCAUCGCCGUGUAAAUAGAGGAAACGCAGCUUUUCAGAAAUUCUCAGUAGAUGGACAGUCAACACUUUUUCCCCCAGAGUGUCAGGACUCCCAGUAUGGAUUCUCCUGGUCCUGGUCCUGGUCCUGGUCCUGGUCUAGAUUCUCCUGGUCCUGGCCCCCAUAAUAACAAUCCAACUUGGUGUUCUGUCCACAGCAGCCCCCUCUAGUGGCCCAACAUGAGAACGACAUCGUUCUCAGCGUUUCUCGCCGUGUCAGCACACAACUUUCCUGAAAAGAAAAUGCGAAAACGCCGCGUUUCCACUUGAGGCGUCGUGCAAACGGGGCCUGAAGGUCAACGCCACGUAGCCGCAUCAAAGCGAAGGUUACGCUUCACGCGAUCCUCUGAGCGUCACAUUUCCCAGGGGCUUGCUGCGGAGACACACGGUUUGUGAAGUGGCCUCUUUUUUUGUUUGUUUGUUUGUUUUCCUCAGCUGUACAGUAAUGUGAAGUAGAUCGAGUUGACGCGGUCACAUGAACUGCCCUCCUCCUCCUCCUCCUCCUCCUCCUCCUCCUCCUCCUCCUCCUCCGUCUGCUCCCAUCCCUUCUCGCCAUCAAACCGAAGGUACUGAACUAUACUGAAAAACCCAAAGACUCACAGUAUUUCUACUCUUCCCCUCCAUCAUGGCCACAUCAUGUUGUUUCCUCUUUCUUUCAUCAUUUCGUCUUCUUCACUCUCUUAGUUUUUUUCUUUCUUCUCUCUUAUUAAGAGACCCGACCUUUGAGUCCAAUUGCUUAUUAGUCUAUGAAAAGAUAUAUAAAUAUAUAUAAAUGUAUAUUCACAAAUGUUUUAAACCUUCAAAGUGCCUACCAUGUGGAGACGUACGUGCUCGAGGCGAGCAUGUGGCGGGUGUGAACACAAAGGAGGGGUGUAAACGACUUGACUGGCAUUCUGUGAGCAUGGAUGACUGUAACGGUAACUUUUUUUUAGUCUUACAAAAGCUGACAGUAUUGUACCUAUAAGUUGAAACAACACUACUGAAUAAACAUUGUGGCCUAAUAU